UUCGCUGCUGGCUUCACUAAAUGUAUCUUCACGAGUGUAGUGCGCGGUUAGCUCGCGCUAGGUCACCACAUAGCUGCAAACACUGAUUUCUUAAUAGACAUGUAAUAGACAUGAAAUGUGAAUAAUUGAAAAUGAAUUCAAGAGCAGCAGCUUGUCUGUUUUUCAGGUCUCAGCGUUGCAUACGUGGUGUAGUGGCGAGUAAGCGGCACUGCGCCAGAUCAGCAGCCCGAAAUGAACCAGCAGAGAAAACCAAAUUCAACCCAGGGCCUACCGCAAAAUAUGACUGGAUCGGGCCACCAGACAGGCUGUCAAACCUGCGGCCAAUCAUUUAUCACAUCCCUGAGAAUGAGACCCUGCUGGAGAGGAAACUGAGACAUCUGAGACAGGAAACAGAGGACUGGAACCACGAGUUCUGGACCCAUCAGAACGUCACCUUUAGCAAGGAAAAAGAGGAAUAUGUACAUUUACAGCUGAAGGCCAAAGGCUUGUCAGAAAGAGAUGAGAAAGGACGAAAAAGAACUUUAAAUAGUGAGGAAAUGGCCGUCUUCUACAAACACUUCCUAGACAAAAACUAUAUAAAACAUGCAAGUUAUAACAAAGAAUGGUAUCGACGGAACUUCACCAUUACACUCCUGAUGGCCAGAGUAGCUCUGCACAGUAUGUGGAGGACACUAACUGGUCAAGGGAGGAGUAAAGGCAAACCCACAGUGCUGCCCAAAUAAAGACACUGGAAAUCAGUUUUCUCUGUUGCAGCUGUCCACCUUCUCAUUGGAGAAUUUUACAGUUAAGAGUGGCAAACAAUUUUUUGGCAUAUUAAAAUACCAAAAAAAUUAUAGAUAAAUCUUUUCUCAAAAUAUGGUGUAAUUGGUGUAAUGUAACUGCAUGUAACUUGAUUGCGCCAUUUUGCAUUGCAAAUGUAUAAUGUCUUUAUUUUGACUGGACUUUACACUGAACUCCCAAUUAAACACCGUUCCUUGACCUAA